UUGUACAUCUCUACCUUUAACCGGGCCCAUUUGGAAAUGGCUCCCAUAGAUAUUUGAGCCAAUGGCCGAAUGCUUUAGUCCAAAACUCAAAAGCCCAUUAUUGCCACUCCUCAAAUUUCAACUAAUUUUAACCGUCAGUGGCAAUUUCGUAAAUAUAUACACCCAUACCAUAGCCGGCAGACUUAUAUCCACUCUCUCCAUAUCAAAUUUUCAAAACUUGCCACUGAGAUUCCAUCUCUAUGAGUAACCAAUCUUUCUUCCCGCCAAAUCUCUACAUUCCCGUGACUAACCUUUGCCGACGAAGACAUCUCGUCCGAGCAAUAUUUGCCGGAAUCUUUUUCUUCCUUGCAAGACAAGUCUACCUCUCCACCACCACCACCAUCACCACCACAACCACCACCGCCACCGAAACCCGAAACUCCUUCGAACCCGAACUCGACACCCAACUCGUCAAAUGCUACUCCACCGUCUUCCAGAACCUUAUACACGACGGAUUCCUCACCCUCCACUCCAAAACCCUCACAGUCGGCAUCCCGAUUCUUGAAUUCUCAGCUGCAUUGCGAGAAUCGGGCAUCACCGAUGCGAAAUACACGAAAAAGAACGUCUGGUUACCGUUUAGAAACCACACAUUUGAUUUCGAAUUUUCGUCCCACACGGGUCUUGAUUGUUCCCAAUUUCCAGGCCAAUUCGCGUCCGAAUUGUCGAGAACUUUGAAGCCGGAUGGGUAUCUUGUGAUCCACACGGAAUCUAAAGACUUGUAUAGUUUAAAUUCUUUGUUGGAUUUGUUUGAUUCGUUUAAAUUGAUCCGAUCGCGUGAGAUUUCGGUUCCACAUUGGUCGAUUCAACACGUUCGCGAAAUCGUGUUGAAAAAACAGGGGAUUCUCCGGCGACGGAGAAGUGUCGCCGGAGAAUGCUCUGUUCCCGCGUAUAAAAAGAAAUUAAUUCAAAAUUCGGAACCGUUGAUACCCGAAGAGCCGAUGAAGCCGUGGGUUUCGGGUAAAAGAAACCUCAAGAACAUGAAGUAUUUACCAUCAAUGGCGGAUAUUCGGUUUAAAACCGGGUAUGUUUACAUUGACGUGGGCGCGAGAGGCUACGGGUCGAGUAUAGGAAGUUGGUUCAAGAAGGUUUACCCGAAACAGGAUAAAUCGUUUAAGAUUUUCGCGGUUGAAGCCGAUAAACGGUUUCAUGAUGAGUACAAGUCCAAGAAAAGGAUAACCCUUUUGCCAUAUGCGGCUUGGGUGCGAAACGAGUCGUUGUUUUUUGAGAUUAAUCGCGCGCCUAACCAUUAUAAUGAGGAGAAAGGGAAGGGGAUGGGACGGGCUCAAUCGGCCCAAACGUCGACAUAUUUCAUGGGGGAUUUGAACAAGGUUCAAGGGUUUGAUUUCGCGGAUUGGGUGAAGAAGAGUUUUAGGGAGACGGAUUUUGUUGUUGUGAAGAUGGAUGUGGAUGGGACCGAAUUUGAUUUGAUGGCGAAAAUGGUUGAAACCGGGGCGAUUUGUUUGAUUGAUGAAAUGUUUCUUGAAUGCCAUUAUGAUCCCAAGGAAAAAUGUUGUGAUAUUGAAAUGGAUUCAAAGUAUGACAAUGGGUUUAAAGAUUGUUUGGAGUUGUAUAGUUCAUUGAGGGAGAAAGGUGUUCUAGUUCAUCAACGGUGGUAAUACUAUUACUAACACACAUUUGUUUCUGAUUUUUGAUUGUUACAUAGUUAGUUUAGCAUAAGUGUUUGGUCUUUUGGGAUUUGAAAAAUCUUGAAAAUCAAGUAUUAGAUUUUACAAUAUUCACAUUGAAAAUUAAAUCAAAAAUAACAAUGCAAAAAUCUUGCAAGUAUGAAUGGUUUAACAAGUUAAAAAAGAAGAAAAAGAAGAAGAAGAAGAAGAAAACGGGCCGUUAAAAUUGAGUAGGUGGACGGCCCACUCAAUCCUUCAAGUCUUCAAACCACCCAAGACAGGCUCGGGUAUACCCAUAGAACCCAACAAAGGUGUGAGUUAUUACUUAUUACUGGUAGUAGGCCUUGUUGAAUAAACGUGUUAUACUUAUGGUU